UUGGAACGUAUGCGUGACAAUGUGCUACCAAGUUCCCCAGAAGCUAAGAGGAGCUCACUGUGGAGGAAAGCAAUGAAUCAGAAUGCAAGGAAUCACAGUUCCAAGACUUAAUCACAAAUUCAAUGACCUCUAUACACAAGUUUUUUGACCAGUGCUCCAAAACUGAAAAGCUUGGUGGUACUUUCUGCUAUGCAUGGAUGGGAUUGGUUUGGACUUCAUCUUCAGCUUUACCCACCGAGUGAAAUUAACCUACCAGAGGGGUUCCCAACUGCAAGAAACGUUGAAGUGAUGAAGUUGUUUGGUUUCAACUUUACUGUCCCAAAACAAUUUGAUCUUGUUGUGCUAAUGAUGACAAAAUGUCCAAAUCUAUGUGAGCUGGAAAUUGUACCAAAAGAGUUUAUUCCUAGAGACGAGAUAGAAGCUGCUGCAAAGAGUUCAAUUGAUCCAGAAUAUGGCUUUACUGAUCAGGACCUGGGCACGCUUAAGACAGUGAAGAUGCAAUCAUUUCGUGCAUUAAGAUUGGAAAUACUUUUCGUCAAAGCAAUCCUUUUGAAUUCUCCAGCGCUUGAGAAACUUGUUAUCCAGGAAUCGCCUUAUAUUGAUGCCUUAAUGGCUUCCAAAACCGCAAGGAAAAUGCUGUGCUUCCCCCGAGCUUCUCCAAAAGCACAAGUCGUCUUCUUGGAGUACAAAUCGCCUUGAGAUACCCAGCAGCUUAGUAGGUUGACCCCUGAGCUAUAGCUUCUGGCCUUCCAAUGAACUAAUGCGUAAUGUUUGAGCGUCCCUUUAUAAACCAAAUCAACCGUCUAAAACAAAAGCUCUCCUCCUCGGAUUUCUAACUGUUAAAAAAUCUAUUUGGAGCUAGUUCAAGAUUUUAUUUGCUCGUUUUCCCGUACUUUUGGCAGUCUCCAGUUGAGAUUUUUAGUGAUACUCUAAGGGUAGAUAAUCUAAGGAGGGGCACCCUCAAUGUGAAUUAUCAUGAAUUUUAUAACUCCGGGAUUCUAGGUGUUCAUGAUUGAGAAUUGGG